UGAACCCACCCAUCACGGCAACAAGAAAACAAACUUUAGUUGGUGAGAAGUACUGUACAGAGAAGGACUUUACGAUGACUUCAGAACUGAAAAUUGGUGAUUUGGUGUUGGCUAAAAUGAAAGGAUUUACGCCUUGGCCAGCGCAAAUUGUUCAACCCGGUUCUGGAACAAAUACCCCGAAUAGUAAAAAAUCUCUUAAAAAAGGACACCACUGGGUAUACUUUUUCGGCAGCCAUAAUUAUGCAUCAAUUGAGGAAAAUAACAUCAAACCUUAUGCAGAGUACAAGGAUAAGUUCAUAUCAAUGUGUAACACUCCAGUUUUCAAAAAGGCAGUUUCUGAGAUCGAGGAUUUCAUCAGCAACUUAGAAAAAAAUCCGAAUUACCAGUUAGAACUUCCUAGUGAACAGCUGGCAAAGUCGAAGGACGAUUCAGAAGAAAAAUUUAACAAACUUGUAACACCAAAGAGAACCAAAAAGGCUGCUCCCGUCAAAAGACAAAAUUCAGACUCUGGCAGCAGUAGUAAGAACUCUUUCUCUAAAAGAGCUAGGCAGUCUACUCCGAGGAUGGAUGAAAAUGGUGUUGCGGACGGUAUUGGUACAGUUGGAUCAGCGAUUUUGAAUUUUCCUUCAAUCACGGACGCUCCCGAAAGCCCAACAGUGGACCUCAACAACCUGUCUGAAUUAUUGAAAACAAAAAACAUAUCUGCUUCAAAGUUGACUUUCGGAUUCAUUGGGCUUGGCACAAUUGGAUCUGGCAUUGUGAAAAAUCUCAUCAACUCCGGACAUAGAGUGAAUUUGUACAGUAGGACUAUGAAAAAGUGCGACGAAAUAAAGGAACAAGCGGAUACACGUAAGGUUGGACUUGUGAACACGUACAUAACACCUUGGGACGUUAUGCAAAACUCCGAUAUAAUCUUCAGCUGCGUGACAGAUCCGCGUGCCGCCAAAGAAAACGUCGUCGGCAACUGCGGCGUCGCCGGUCGCGAUGGCGACAUCCUCGAAGGCAAAGGCUACGUAGAGAUGACCGGCAUCGAUCCGCAAACUUCCAAAGACAUCUGCGAGAUCAUCAAGAACAAGGGCGGCCGAUACCUCGAGGCCCAAGUGCAAGGCAGCAAAUCCGAAGCCAACGAAGGCAGUCUAGUGGUCCUGGCCGCCGGCGACAAGUCGCUCUUCUUCGAUUGCCAGUCCUGCUUCAAAGCAAUGGGCAAGACGGCCUUCUUCCUAGGCGACGUUGGCUACGCCACCAAAACCAACCUGAUCCUGCAGCUGAUGAAGGGCGUGGCGCUGGUCGGACUGGCCGAGGGUUUGGCUCUCGCUGACAGAUGCGGAAUCUCCUCCAAGGACGUGCUGAACAUCUUCAACUUGACCAAUCUGGCUUGCGACUAUAUGACCAACAAAGCCGACCUUAUCGCGAAGAAAGAAUUCAAGCACGUCGAACAGGCGAUCGAGCACAUGCAAAAGGACAUGAAGCUGGCGUUGGAUCUGUCGGAUCAAAUGAAACAGCCGCUGCUGAUGACGUCGACGGCGAACGAGGUAUAUAAACACGCGAGGAGGUUAGGAUAUGACGGACACGACGCCUCUUGUAUAUAUAUGAGAACGAGGCAUUAGCGAAUGUGGACGAGAAGUAAACCCUUUUUUCUUUGUUAAUAUAUAUAUAUUCGACUUGGGUCGACGUGCGGAGAUUUUUCAUACUGUGCAAUUUUUGUUCGGUUGUUUUCGCCGCGGCUUCGAGGGAAGGUUGUUUCUUUAUGGUUAAUUUUCUCCUGGCUCCUUUGUAAAUAGUUGAAAAAAUGGUGUGAAAUUCUAAUUUAGAUUCGUAAUCGUGAGGCGGGGGCUUAAUUUGGUCCCAUGUAGAUGUCAUCUACAAAUUCUAAUAAUAUCGAUCCCACAUUGUUGAUGUAUGAUUCAGAACUGUUAGAUGCUGGAGAAGAGGAUCAUGUGAUUUUAUUUUAUCUGAUUGAAUUUCCUACUUUACCUUCAUAGUGAAGAACAAGCCCCGAAAAGUCAUAUUACAGCUAUGAAUGAAUAUAUUAUACAAACACUGAUACAUACAUAUAUAAUAAUCAAAAAAACAUAUACUGUAGAAUUAUAAUUGAAUUGGCAGCGUGCAGAGAGUUGAAACACUGUAUUUCACUUUUAUGGUUUGUAAUUAGAUUGUAAUUAUAAUUUCAUAAAAAAUUAACUUGUUACGAAUUAUAUAUUUGAAGCAUCCAAGUGGAACAACAAAAAUAUCUCAUUCUGAAUAGAAACUAUCACACAUUUUACAGAUGUUAUAAACUGGGGAUUUUAUCAACAUAUUGAUUCUUGGUAUGUGCAAAUAGGAGAAGAUUUCGUUUCCUUUAUACAUGAAAAUCUAGUUGAGAUAACAAAGUUCCAAGAGAUGGUUUUUCCUCAGUAACUCCGGAACUAUGAAUAGAACGAUAAAAUGGAUUAUUAUCAUCUUGUGUUCAUUAUAAAAUUCUCUGCAAAAAAAGGUCUCUAGCUUUUUUUUUCAUGUCAGCGAUUCCCAAAUAUUUGGUAUUCAAGUUUUAACUUUGCUGCAUAUAAAAUGAGUCAUCUCAUUCAUUAAAUCGUGAAAUAAGAUUAUUUUCACUUUUUUUUCCACAGUUUUUUCUAUAGCUGUCCAUCUGCACAUGUUGUGGAAGUAUGGCAGAUAAAAAGUAUCGUAUCGACAAACACCCAGUUUUGAAACACAAAAUUAGAUCCCACUGACCGACAAAAGAAUUUUGAACUUUUCUUCAUAUGACCACCAUUUUCAAAAUAACCGGAGUUUCAUUCAUUAUAUAUUUUUACAAUAUAGCAACUGAAAUAUCGCCAAUAUUUUCGGAUAUAUAAUAAGGUUAAAAUUGUCAAUUGCUCCAUUCACCAGAGAUGAAUCUCCUGAAGACGUUGGCUUAUAUGGUGAAACCUGCUUCGAGUAGAGUAUUAUAUUUCUGGUGAUAGGGAGAAGUACUUUUUUGGAUUUUAAUAUACGCCAUAGAUUCUAGUUUCACGUUUUCUUUAUAUAUAAUAAAGUGGUUUAUAUCUUUUUAGCUC